GAGAUCCGCCUCCUCAGUCAGCCAUGGAUCAGCAGCAGAAUAAAAAAAGGCUUUCUCUAAGUAAGAAAGACAAUGGAAAAUUUUAUUAUUGUAAUAGUGACCCUUGCCUAAGUCCAGGGACUAAAGAGGGGAAACUUACCGUAGCUGGGGCCCGUUUCUCGAAAGUCCUGGUUACUUGUGGUCGGAUUGACAUUUCUCUGAAAAACAACUUGACGCUCGUUGAAAGACUAGCAAGACAUCUGGACAAAGAACGUCGCUAUGGGGUUACAAAAUGUUGGAAGCAUUUAGCAGAACAUUUGAAAGUGGACAAGGACACUUACAACACUUUCACAUGCAGUUUGGAAACCAGUCCUACAGAGAAUUUAUUUGAAUAUUUAAAUACAAACAUUUCAGAGCCAGUUACGAUUGGAAAACUGACGGAUGGUUUAGCGUCCAUUGAAAGACGAGAUGUAAUUGAAGAUGUUAUUGAGAAGUAUAAAAAGUUGGAUAAAUCAUUGACUGAUGAAACUGCUGUGGGAAGCCUUUUUACCAGCCAUCCAUCUAUGAUUGGGGAGAUGGCUUUAAUGUUAGACGUGAAUGAGCUCGGAAAGAAAAACUGGCGAUUCCUUGCUGACGUCUUUAAGGUGGAUAGAGUAGAAUCCCAAAACUUUACGAAAUCCAUCGAAGACAACCCGGCUAAGAAAUUGCUUGAAGUUCUUGAAAGUAGGUAUCCUAGGAUGACCGUUGGAGAUCUAAUAAAGAAAUUGAACGAUCGCAAAUGGCAGGUGGUAUCGGAUGUACUUACAAACUGCAAGGAAGUCACCGAAAGCAGUCUGUUGAGCGAUUUAUGGGACCUGAAUUACGAUGCAGCAAAUAACUUAUGCAACCAUUUAAACCAUGGGAGCACGAGCACUAGACGCGCUUGGAGGAUUUUGGGACAUGAUUUCAAAAUCUUGAAGGAAGAUCUAGACACUUUUUCUCCUCAUGAAGAAGAAGUAAUAAGCCCUAUGGAGGCACUAGUCAAUCAUUUGGGUGGUGCCCAGCCCAAUCUAACUUUCAAAGAGUUUAUAGCGGCCUUGUAUUCAAUUGACAGAAAAGAUGUGGUAGAGAAGUGCUUUCCAGAUUUAGGAAAGAAGUAUGAAGAUUCGCUAGCGCAGAGCCAGAGUCAACCUACUCGUGAGCAAAUAAAACCAACAACAUCAUUCCAGGAAACGACUGUUUAA